AUUAGUUUCAUCCACAGCUCCUCUCCAUUAUUCAUUCACAGAGAAAAAUGAAAACCACUCAAAAUUUCUUCUAGCUCCUCUCUCAGAACUCAUCCAUUGAUGACGAAUUAAGCCCUUAAAUCAGAAACCCUCACUAAGAUUAAACUUUUACAUAUCUUAAUCGAGCAGCAGUUGGGUUUAAUUUUCAAAAUCACCAGGUGCAUCUGACAGCUUAAGUUGAAUUUCAGAAAUUUCAAGAGAUAACUAUGCCGAGACAUCCUCUUACUAGUAGCAGUCGAUCUCGGCCUGCAAGAACCAGGUCUGCAAGUACUACUCCAAGUGCAUCUCCUUGGCCGACGGAUUUUCUCAAUUCACAAGGGUCCCCAUCAACUGAUAGUGGUCACAUUGCUGCAAGUACUACUCCAAGUGCAGAUCAUUCGCCGAGGGCUUUGCUCCACAAGGGUCCCCAUCAACUGAUAGUGGUCACAUUGCUGCAAGUCCAAGCUAAGGGAGUCGUCAUCGUGUGUCUUCGUCAGAUGGCGAUCAUUCUCCGAGACAUGGUAAUGAGAAUCAGGCUGAAGGAGAUGGAUGGCAUGAGGUUGUGCAUCAACCAAAUAAUGAAGAUGCAAAUAAUGAAGCUGCAAAUAUGGAGGAAAGCGGGAUUAAUGAUGGUCACCUAUUGGAGAUCAAGUUCAAUUCUAUGGGGAAACCAUUAGAAGAUGGUUCUAAGAAAUAUGCUACCAGGGUUGGAACAAUAGCCAGGAGUAUUGUCCCACCACAUCACGAAGAUUGGAGAGAUGUUCCUUUGGUUCUUAAGGAAGAAAUCUGGAGAGCCAUCAAGAAUGAAUACAGGGUACCUGAAAUCAUCAAAUCCAAGGCUCUAAGGAUGGCAAACAAAUCAUGGAAGAACAAAAAGACUACCCUAAGGAAGUGGUGUGAUCAAUUUAAUACCAUUGCUGAGAGAAAGAAUAAUAGACCAAAUGGUGUGAAGAGAGAGGAUUGGGAUAAAUUUGUGGACUUGCAUGAUUCAGAAGCUGAUAAGAUACUAAGGGAGAUAGGGAAGGAAUCAAGGAAGCUUCUUAAAGCUUUACAUACUACUGGAAGGGAUGGUAUUGCACGCCGUCGACAUGUUAUGGAACAACAAUCUCCAACUGGUAGUGUAAGCCAAUCUGUUGUGUACUUGGCUACACAUGGUUACAAAUAAAUAACUCAAGAAUCACUUGAAUUAAUGGACCCCAACUAUUAUGAAGUAAAAUGCAGAGAAUAUGUUGAACAAGUAAGAGAGCUUAAUGAAACUGAGCAGUAUAGAGAUGAAACCCAUUUGGACAGAGAUGCAGUUGCCAAGGUGUUUGGAGUUGAUGAUAGAGGUUGUGUUCGAGGAAUGGGAGGUGGGAUAUCCAAGACUGAACUAAUUGCUUCUGAAGUUCCUAGGGAGCAAUUAAGACAGCAAGUGCUGAAGACUAGAGCUGUAGAAGAUCGGGUCCGUAAUAUCGAAGAAACUGUUGAGACACUAAUGGCCGGUCUAAGUUUCAAUCCUAACCCCAGUAAUUCUAAUGCUCAGGGUAUGAAUGGUGGUGGUUGUCAACCAGCUGGAUCUCAGCGGGUAAUUCUGAAGAACAUGAGAAAAAGAGCUGUUGCAGUAGGCUAUAUAUUUACCAAUAGGCCUCCAAUAGAUGAUGAAUUUCAUUUGGUCCUCAUUGAUGAAAUAUGUUUACCUUCUGAGAGUCUCUGUGAAGGUGAUGGAACAUUUAGAGAUGUUUCCAUAGGUGACAAGGUUAUGUGGCCACAAUACUAUGUUUUCCCAGUUGCCGCAGGUGGUGCUGCCUUUUAUUGAAUUUGGAGUUCUGGUUCUAUGUGGAGGUUUGGGACUUUUUGGGACUUUUUUUUGGGUAUAUAUAUACAUGGUUGGUAUACAUGUAAGUUUUUCGGAUAUAUUACGUACUCGGCAAUAUAUGUAACUAGUUAUGGGAAUAUCUUUUUUGAGAUGUAAGUGUUUUGGGUUAGACUUGCAAGUUUGUAUGAUUUUGAGUCUCAUCUUCUUCUUUUUUUUGUGAUGAAGAAGAGAUUCAAAACAUGUAAAGAAGUGUCUUGCAAUGGAUAUGUAGCUUCAGCAAGUUUUAGAGCCCUGCUUUUA